CUUUGUAAACCUGAAAGAGACCGCGAACUUCACGUUCUUACCAUACCUGACAAUAAGGCGUGAAGUAUUUGUAACCUCUUAUUUGAUGAUAGGGCGCGGGCAGGAGAAUAAAUCUCAGACGAAGAGUCGUGGAAUAUCGAUUUGAGCCAUUUCCCCAUAACUACGGGCCUUUCACCGAACAUAUCCAAUCGGCACUGCUCUUUACUUUCUGAAGGUCUCCGGUCCUCCCUAUCCCCGCUCAAGAUGUGUCCUCCAGAGGCUUUCGCAUCGUCCGAUCUAGCAACUAUCCCUCCGUCUCUUGAGCCUGAGUCGUUCAUCCCGCCCACAGACAUCAGCCAAUCUGCCUAUGACCUGGCUUCUUCGCUUCUUGCACCAGCCAUUCUGAGCCACAGCAUCCGCACCUAUCUGUACGCCCAGACGCUCGCCGCCAGCUCCAACUCAAUCUAUCACGCCGACCCCGCAAAGCGUGAUCUUCUUUUCGUGGCCUGUAUUUUGCACGACAUUGGCACGACGGAGACGUACAAUGGGCCUCAACGCUUCGAAGUCGAAGGUGGUGAUGCGGCCGUCGAGCACCUAUCUAGGUUCGGUGUUGUCGAAGAGGAUAAGAAGGAUGUCUGGACUGCAAUCGCACUACACACGUGUAAUGGGAUUGUGCAGAGGAUGGGCGAACUCCCCGCUCUGGUGAGGAAGGCGAUCGAGAUCGAUUUCGGACGGCGUAGCGAAGUCGAAGGUGUCGAGGACUUGGCAGAGCUGAAAGAACGCUUUGAGCGCAGGUUUGCGAGACAGCAAAUCGAAAAGGUGUUGGGCGACGCUGUCGUGGCGCAAGCUAUUAAGAAUCCAGAUAAGGCGCCGGCGGCCAGCUGGCCCGGGGGUAUGUAUAGGGCGCAUUUGACGGAUCCAGAUUGGAAGGGGGUCAAUAAGGCGUUUUGAAGGCCGUGAUGGUGUCACCAAGGGCUUCCCAGUAAGGUCGUUGCAGGCUACGUAGGAUGAAGAAUAAAUGUCGUAUUUGCUUAUUAAAUGGACGAAGUUUUGUUUCAGCCUGCUAUGGCAUUC